AUGGAAGAGAUUAUUUAUGAUAAUGUGAUCAGCACUGAGUCUGGGGGAAUGAACAGAGAGAGAAUAGAGAAGAUGGUGGACAUCUAUGAAUGUGCAGAUUCUGUGAGAGAUCACGACUUCAACACAGAAACAAACACACACCAAAAACUUCAGCGUAUAGUUACAGUGUGUUUGGUGCUGCUGUGUGUUCUUCUACUGACUGCAGUCAUAGUGCUGUGUGUCCUCAUCAAUACAAACAAUCACCAGUUUAACAUCAAGACCAAAAACUUCACAGAAGAGAGAGACCAGCUACUAACCAAAUAUACCAACAUCACAGAAGAGAGAGACCAGCUACUAACAAAGAAUCACAACCUCACAGAAGAGAGAGAUGAAUUAAAAGCCAAGUAUAAUAAUAUUACUAAACUAAAUGAGCAGCUGAAGGAGAAAAAUAAACUGUGGACACAACUUAAUGAUGAAUGGAUUUACUAUCAAUCUAGUUUUUACUUCAUUUCAUCUGAGAAGAAGAGCUGGAGUGAGAGCAGAAGUUACUGUAGAGAGAAAGGAGCAGAUCUGAUCAUUAUUAACAACAAAGAGGAACAAGAUUUUAUUAAGAAGAAUUUUGGUAAUGACGGACUCUGGAUUGGUUUGUCUGACAGUGCUGUAGAGGGCAGAUGGAGAUGGGUUGAUAACAGCACACUGAACUCUGUCUACUGGAGGUCUGGAGAACCCAAUGGAGGUAGAGGAGAGAACUGUGCUGUGUUGUCUUCAUUAGGCUGGGCUGAUUACCCCUGUACUAAAGCUUUUAAAUGUAUUUGUGAGAGAGCACAGUAG